AAGUGACAGUGAGCUAGCGUCACUCAGCUGUUCACAGCAGGAUGACAGAGCCCAGCGGGAUCCUGAUAAAAGGAGGUAAAGUUGUGAACGAGGACUGCUCCGUGAUCGCGGAUGUCUACAUUGAAGAUGGGAAAAUAAAAGAAGUUGGACAAAAUCUUCAGAUCCCAGCGGGAGUGCGGGUCAUUGAUGCCACAGGGAAACUGGUGAUCCCGGGCGGCAUUGACACGCACACACACAUGGAGCUGGCGUUCAUGGGCACCAAGGCUGUGGAUGACUUCCACAUCGGAACCAAGGCUGCUCUAGCAGGAGGAACCACAAUGAUCCUGGACUUUGUCAUCCCGAAAAAAGGCAAGUCUCUCCUGGAGGCCUAUGACUGUUGGCGUAACACAGCUGAUCCCAAAGUUUGCUGCGACUACUCACUACACGUCGCUGUGACAUGGUGGAGUGACAAGGUCAAGAAAGAGAUGGAGACUCUAUCAAAAGAGCGAGGAGUCAAUUCCUUCAAAAUGUUUAUGGCCUAUAAAGAUGUGUUCAUGCUGGAGGACUCUGAGCUGUAUGCUGCCUUCUCCCAGUGUAAGGAGAUCGGAGCUAUAGCGCAGGUGCAUGCUGAGAAUGGAGACCUGAUUGCAGAGGGGGCUAAGAAGAUGCUGUCCUUGGGCAUCACGGGGCCCGAGGGCCAUGAACUGUGCCGGCCGGAGGAAGUGGAGGCCGAAGCCACCCAGCGAGCCAUCACCAUCGCCCAUGCUGUCAACUGCCCGCUGUAUGUGGUCCAUGUCAUGAGUAAAUCUGCUGCCAAGGUGGUGUCCAAUGCACGAAGAGAUGGGCGAGUGGUGUUCGGGGAACCCAUUGCAGCUGGACUGGGUACCGAUGGGACUCACUACUGGAACAAAGAGUGGGCCCACGCUGCUGCCUUUGUCAUGGGCCCCCCCCUCAGACCUGACCCCAGCACCCCCGGGUACCUGAUGGAUCUGUUGGCCAAUGAUGAUCUAAGUGUGACGGGAACGGACAACUGCACCUUCUCUGUGUGCCAGAAGGCCCUCGGAAAAGACGACUUCACCAAGAUCCCAAACGGAGUGAACGGCGUGGAGGACAGGAUGUCUGUCAUCUGGGAGAAGGGAGUGCACAGCGGCAAAAUGGACGAGAAUCGAUUUGUAGCUGUCACCAGCAGCAACGCAGCAAAAAUCUUCAACUUCUACCCGCAGAAGGGCCGUAUCGCCAAGAACUCGGAUGCUGAUGUGGUCAUAUGGGACCCCAAGUUGAUAAGGAAAAUAUCAGCCAAGACGCACCACCAGGCUGUGGACUACAACAUCUUCGAGGGCAUGGAGUGCCACGGCGUCCCUGUCAUCACCAUCUCCAGGGGCAAAGUGGUCUAUGAGGAUGGGCGACUGAAGACAACACAGGGGCAUGGCAAAUUCAUCCACAGAAAACCCUUCUCUGAAUUCGUUUAUAAACGCAUCAAGCAGAGGGAGCAGGUGGGGAAACCUGCAGCUGUGAUCAGAAAGCCCUAUGAAGGAGAAGUCAUUUCUCUAUGAACAACUGACCUAGAACAUGAAAGCCACUUUGGAUCUCCAGCUGUGUGGUUACAGAAUAUCUAGAUCUACCAAAGCCAAAACAACUGAGUGCUUUCCACAGAAACACCUGCUCUGAGUAGUUCUUUACUUCUUUUUUUUAACAUGCAACUGUCCUGCAAGUCGUACAUGUGUUAUGCAGUCAUUGAAAUCAGUGUGUGCAGUAAAGAUGGGGGGGGGGUCGACUCUGAUCAACACUGAGGCCAAUGUUCUGUUAGCAGAUGUAUAUAUUUGUUUAACUCAGUGAGGUUUACCAGGUCAGCUCCACUCAGUACACAGGUCAGCAAAACCCUCUCUGCUACACUCACAUACAUUAUGCAAUCAAGUAUUUUACUAUAGGAAAUGGGAAAAAAAGGGCUUAUGCAUGAUUUCAUAGCAAAAGGAAAAAAAAGUGGUGUGAUGAGAAAAGAGGAUCUUUUAUCACUUUUAUAUUUGUGAAUGCGUGUGUUAAUUGUGUUAUAAACAUUAUUAAAGAAGCUUUAGUUGUGAAUGUGCCUGAUUCUACUGUACUGAGUGUAUCUGAGCUUUUUCAGAUCUGUACCCUUGUUUUUUUCCCACCGUAAAUGUUUGUUGCCGUUGGUAACGGGGCUAAUUUUUCAUACCCAAAAGCAUCCUUCCCUUUGAUGAAAUAUUCAUUAAAAAUCACUGACAUGCGUGAAAGUA